AUGAAUCAGAGAAUUUAAAGAGGGCAAAAGGAGCCUCUUUUAAGGGUCAAGGAUGAAAAAGCCUAGAAGUAUAUUGACUAAUUAUCAUGUUAGCCUUUCGUAAAAUAGCUUGGGAUGAUCAUUAAUGAGUGUAAAAGUCUCGAUAACCUCUUUAAAAAGCUAGUACCAAGGAUUAAGGAUUUUAUAACUGAAACAGAAGAGGCAGCCCUCCAUGCUAUAAAAGGGUUGGAGGCGAAACUUGACAAUAAAACACCAAAUCAAUUUGAGUCUCAAAAAAUAGUAGAAGAAUAUUAAGCCAAUCAAAAGCAUAAUAUGGAGAAUAUGGUCUAAAAUGUUCAUUUGCUUAGGUCUAAUCUCACAUAGCUUGAUUAAAUCAAAUUAUAGAAAAGCUAGCUUAACAUUGAUAUGCAGUUUAAUGUUGAAUCAGUUCCUUUUAUUAAUAAUCAAUUCUAAACUUGCCAAACUUUAAUAGCUCAACUUGAUAAUAAUAUGCUACUAUACAAGACUAAUUUGAAUCACUCAGAGGUAGUAUAAUUUUAGGCAGAUGAAGUCAAUAAUUCAAUUGUUAAGAAAAGUAUAAUAGAAAUUGAAAGAAUUGUCAAAUUUGCAGCUGUGCAUUAGGAUAGAUUGAUAUGCGAUUUGGAAGUAUAUUGCUUAAAGUCAUUAAAAAAACUUUAAAACAUCAAUUCAGAAGAUGCUAUUUUUAGUGUUGUGGGAGUUAAUGAAAGUAUGAUAGUAGCUGGGCAUGAUAUGUCUGCUAGACUAAGCAUGUGGCUGUGGAUAGGAACUGAAUAUGAGAUGAUAUCUAAAUUUGCCUUUUACCCUGGAAACAAGCUUUAUAAGGUAUUAAAACUCGAAAAGGAUCCUUAUUCAAUACAAGAUUCUGUAAUCGCUCUUUUUGGAGAAACAUCAGUUUAAUAGGUCUAACUAGGUCAAUAAAACAUCAAGUACUCAUAACGAAGAAAGCUUUGCAAAACAACUUUUGGAAUUUAGAACUUUAAGCUAUUAAGUCCAAGCAGAAUCAUCUUAAUCUAAGUUGGUAAAAAUAUCAUAGUGACAAAAAACUUUGACUUAGAUGAGUUUCCCAUUCUAUUCUCCGUUUAGCAUGAAAGAUUGAAAAUGGUAGAUAUGAAGCAAGUUGGGUAUAAUUGUAAAUUCUAAGAAGAGAUUAUGGGAGAAGUAGUUUCUUAAGUAUCAAUUCAUAAAGCUCAAUACUCAUUGUCUCAGUAAAACUAAUGUGAGUUUUUAAUUCUGACGAAAUAUGUGAAUCCAGAAGAUGGAAUUCCUGAGAAUCUAAUAUAUAGGAUGGAACUCAAAAGUGAGUUUGAAGAAACUAUGAAUAUGUGGCUGAAAAUGACUUAAAGUUUGAAUAUUGAUGAAUUUCAGCCACCAGAGGAACACUAAAGGGAAUAGACUAAGCCUCCAACAAUUCAAGUUAAAAAAGAACAGACUCUGAUAAAUAAUCCAGAGCAGAAACAAUCAGAUCCAAACAAGCCCUCAUAAAAUAAAUAAAGAGGUAGGCCAAGAGAAAAAUCUAUAAAGCCUAAGAAAAAAGAUGAUAUCAAAAAUGAAGGAGAAGGCUUAAUUUCUAAAAGUCCUAAUCCUAACUUACAUUAGAAUUAUAACAGCUCAGAUCUUAUUUAGUAUUCCAUACAUUUAAUCAAGGAUAUACAAUAACUAAAUAACUAAAUAGACAAGAUAGUCCCAAAGAUUAAGGAAUUCACUAAGAAUUCAGAGAAUAUAGUGCUAAAUAUUAUAAAGGGCCUUGAGAAUAAAAUCAAUAACAGAAUGAAUAAGUCAUAAUCAGCUGAAGCAUAAAAUAUUACAUAAGAUAUAAGAAGAUAUGAGGAGUAAAAUAUGCCUAAAGCUUAGGAAUUGAAGAAUCAAGUAAUAGGUUUAAAAAAUUUUAUGGAUGGUAUUGAUACCUUUAAAGCUUAAAAAAUUAACAUCUGCAUUGAUGUUUAGAUUUAAAUGCAGGUAGAUCCAGUGUAAUUACCUUUUAGCAUCUGGGAUAGCACAUACAUCCAUGAAUUAUCAAACAAAAUAUAUGCCAUCAAAGAUGUAGAUAAUACUAGAACAUCACUAAUAUAAUUUUAUGAGGGAAAAUAGACUCAUAUCCCAAUUUGUGGCUUUUGCAGCUUAAAAAAUGAUAUGAUAGCAGUGGCACUUACUGAAUACGGAAAAAUCAACAUCUAUAAAUGGGAUGGAAAGCAGUAUAAUUGUGUUUAGAAGUAUCGAAAUAACAGAGGCAGUAGUGAAUAUAUGGCUUAAUCUAUGAUUCUAAAUGAAUUUGAGUUUGAAAAUUAGUUGAUUUAUCGAGUUGGGGAAACCAUAUAUUAGUUUCCAAUAGUGUUAAAUGUAAAAGCUGAGUAAAAACCUAAAGUCAUUGGUAGGUGUAGAGAACUCUUACAUCUUAGGCAACUUGAUCCUAACACUAUACUAGCUUAAAGCCCUAAUUAAAUUCUGAUGUUUGACUUGAAUCAAUCUGCAAUAAUUUCCACUGUAAAUUAUGCCUAUGAAAGCCCAUGCAUAGUACCUGUCUCAUUCAGCAUAGAUAACUUUCCAAUUGUUCUAAGCCAAAUUCAAAACUAAAUAAAGAUUAAUGAUGCUUUGAAAGUAGGAUAUCAAGGGUCAAUUAGCCUUGAUAAGGGACUGAUAUCUAUUUGUUAAAUAAAAUUGUCAGAUUCUAUUGAUAAAUAAAACUCGUAUGUGCUAGCAAAAGAUCAUAAAAAUGAAUUUAAAAUCUUAAAAAUAUCAAUAAAUUGA